UCAACUCCCACCACCACGGCGAUGCUAGCACUACGCGCCAGAGUCAGGUCAAGAACCCUUGGCGCACCUGCGCUCCGCUUGCUAUCACGAGAUGCGCACUGCGCCCCGUACCCCAAACGGACCCACAAUUGUGGCACCCUUUCUGCCGCGGACGUCGGGAAGAAGGUCGUCCUGGCGGGCUGGUUACUCCCUGAAAGGAAGGCCGGCAAGCACGUGUCUUUCUUUCCAUUGAAGGAUUCAUCCGGUGCCACACAACUUGUUGUCAAACGCGAUGGCUCAGCUGCUGGGCUAUCCGACGUCACGGUUGAGUCCGUGGUCCUCAUUGAGGGCGAGGUCUCUCUUCGUCCAGAGAAUCAACGGCGUGGCGGUACAGCCGACAUAGACAUCGUCGUGUCGGACUUCAGAGUGCUUAAUCCUGCUCAAGAGGACUUACCGUUCGUGCCGUCGGACGUUACACAUUUGGCGAACGAAGAUCUGCGCGCGCGGUACCGGUACCUUGACCUCAGGCGCACAGCUUUGUCAGAAAACAUCCAGAAGCGCAGUAAGGUUGCGCACACCGCACGAACUGUAUUGGAGCAGGAAGGCUUCACCGAGGUUGAGACGCCCGUCCUGCUCCGCUCCUCGCCCGAGGGCGCGCGAGAGUACCUCGUCCCCUCUCGGAUCGCCCGCGCAGAAGACGACCGGCCGGUAUUCUACGCGCUCCAGCAAUCGCCUCAGCAGCCGAAGCAGCUGCUCAUCUGCUCGGGCGCCGUCGACCGAUACUUCCAGCUCGCCAAGUGCUUCCGCGACGAGGGCGGCCGCAAGGACCGGCAGCCGGAGUUCACGCAGAUCGAUAUGGAAAUGGCCUUCGUCUCUUGGGGCCCAGAUGAGGCCUCUCUCGCGCGCGGUUGGCGCAUCGGUGGCGCGGAAGUGCGCGACACCAUCGAGCGCCUCGUCCCCGCAAUGUGGGCCGCCGCCGAGGGUACCGAGCUGCCCUCGGAUUUCCCUGUCAUGACCUACCAAGAGGCAAUGAAUCGCUUUGGCUCGGACAAGCCGGACACGCGCUUUGGCCUAGAGAUCAGCGAUAUCACGCCCUACCUACCCUCCGCCCAGCGAGAGGCGCUAGAGCGCGAGGGCGAGAUUCUGCAGGCGCUCAUUGUCCGUGGCGGCGAGUUUACCGCUGCCUCGCACGCUGCCCAAAGCGGGGCUGUAACGGAGCGUAUCCUCAUCGAUGAGGGCAACCGGGCAUCGUGGCACCGUACAUCCAGCAUUUUGGCGGGACUCCCGUCGCCGUCUGACAGCGCGUGCGAGAUACCCUCACUGCAGCCGGGCGACCAUCUCUGGUUAGCACGAAGAACCAAGCUGGCGCAGGGUGGAUCCACGCCCCUUGGCAAACUCCGUCUCCAGCUGUCAGAGCUGGCCCAGCAGCGUGGUGACCUGACGCUCCCCGCCCACGCACGGAAUUUCCUAUGGAUAACCGAAUUCCCAUUGUUCACCAACGCGGAUGAGGACAAGGAGUUCCUCGCGCACGGUCGCUGGAGCAGCUCCCACCACCCCUUUACCGCGCCAAUGUGGGAGGACGUACCAAAGAUGUACGAUGGGCGCAUCAAUGAGGUCCGCGGCCAGCACUACGACCUCGUGCUGAACGGCGUCGAGAUUGGCGGUGGCUCCGUCCGUGUGCAUGAUGCGGCCAUGCAGGACCAUAUCUUCACCAACAUUCUGCAGCUGAGCCCCAGUGAGAAGGCGCCGUUCGAGCAUCUAUUGCACGCCCUGCGCUGCGGCGCACCACCGCAUGGAGGCAUCGCACUGGGCUUCGACCGCAUCAUGUCCAUCCUCUGCAACACACCGUCCAUUCGCGACGUCAUUGCCUUCCCGAAGACCAGCGGCGGCACCGACUUGCUCUUCCGUAGCCCUGCGCCAGUAGGCGAGGACGUGCUUCGCGAGUAUCGGUUGGAGUACCUGAAGAAGCCGACUGCGUCGACAUGAAAGUGCUAUUCGCUCCGACAUGAAGAAGCCGACCGCAUCGACUUAGGAGUGUCGAUAAAGCUACACCACUCCGGAGAAGCUCAUUUCGCCAGCUUUUGGCGAGAACCACCACUCACUUGCAUCAUUGGUAACAUAGACAUUCAAACUAAUGCAACACAUACACUCUGUUCGGCAUAGCCGAAUGGCCUCACGAAUACGAACAGACAAAUGAUUGUGGGAUUGACCCCGGGCCAUUGAUUCCGGAAAAGGUAGUCG